CUACCACGCGACACCAAGGGGAAUAACUACGAAGGAACAACCACCGGCCACAUCCAUAUAUCACAGCAAUUAUUUGUGAUAGAGUUCAUACUGGCGACCUCAUCGCUGCGGUUUUGUUUGUCAUCCAGGAUCUGCCGAUUGCUCUUUCAAAUACCAUGGGAUCGUCGUAGCUUAACUCAACCUAUACGUAGUUCUAGAGCAUACACCAUGGCGACAGUAACGCCCCCUGUGUCAGAUAUCAGCGCCAAACCGUCCUCCUUGGACUCCAUUGAUGCUAUUCCCCAAGAAGGCCAAACCAUCAACCAUGAUGGCAAAGCAUACACCACAAUCAGAGAAGGCCAAGCCUAUAUUUUAGUACCCCAUGGCAUACCCACUUCUACAGACCCAAAAUCCUCUAAAGAGGAGGUAGAAAGGCAACAAGUCUUUUACAAUCCUAUCCAACAAUUCAAUCGGGAUCUUAGCGUUCUUGCCAUCAAGACAUAUGGGAACGAUCUCGUGCAGCGCAAAACAGAGAAGCAUGAGAGAUACCGAGCCAAAGCGCAAAGACUUGCGGAAAGGAAGAAAGCAAAGACCGUGGAAACUAAAGUCGAGGUUCCUCCCGAGGCUCAUCCCCAACCAGACGACCUGAGUUUGAAGAAGAGGAAACUAUCGGAUCAUAUGAUCCCUGGACCAGUGACCAGUGGACAGGACACGGAUGCAGGCAAGAAGAGGUGUCUUGCCGAUGUCCAUGAUUCGAAUGCUGAGACGGAGCCGCUUCGAAACCCGCCCUCAACAGGAAACGGACAUACACCUCGAGUCGAAGAACUCCAAAAGCCAGCAGAAUGGAAGCCUGCGUUCACAAUUCUAGAUGCUCUUUCUGCAACAGGGUUACGAGCGUUACGAUAUGCACAGGAAAUUCCCGCGUCCACAUCAAUCACUGCCAACGACAUGUCAAGCAAAGCUACGGAUUCAAUACGACUCAAUGUGAAACACAACAAGCUUGAAUCAAAGAUCCAAGCAAACACAGGCAAUGCAAUUGCAUACAUGUACAGUCGAAUAGAAAAGCAAGGUUACGACGUAAUUGAUCUGGAUCCAUACGGGACGGCAGCCCCAUUUAUUGAUGCCGCUAUUCAGGCAAUUAACGAUGAAGGCAUGCUCUGUGUGACAUGCACAGACUCAGCAAUCUUCGCUUCACAUGGCUAUCUGGAGAAGACAUACUCCCAGUACGGCGGUUUGCCUCUUAAGGGAGAGCCUUGCCACGAGGGAGGGCUUCGCCUACUUUUGCACGCCAUUGCCUCUUCAGCCGGUCGCUAUGGCAUGGCGAUUGAGCCCCUCCUUUCUCUCUCGAUCGACUACUACAUUCGCGUGUUUGUCCGAGUGCGGAAAUCCCCGAAUGAAGUAAAGCUUCUAGCAGGUAAAACAAUGAUUGUCUACCACUGCGACAGUGGUUGCGGCUCUUGGUCGACGCAAUUUCUAGCGCGCAACAAAGCAAAGCAAAAUCGAGAUGGAACUUCUUCAUACAAACAUUCUUUUGCCGCAGCUCCUUCUGCAGACCAGCAUUGCGAACACUGUGGUUUCAAGACUCAUCUUUCGGGUCCAAUGUAUGGUGGCCCUAUCCACAACGUGGGCUUCAUUCAGCGAGUUUUGGCUCAAUUAAACGAAGCAGAGCGAAGUGUUUAUCCCACAUAUAAUCGUAUAGAAGGCAUGCUUCGCACAGCCCUUGAAGAGAUCACCUAUGGUGCAAAAUCAGCAGAAACGACGGAAGAUGGGGUAACGAAACAGCUAGGCCCUAUAAUUCCUAAAUCCGACCCUGCGGCAAUCGAUGACUGGCCAUUCUUCUUCAUACCAAGCGCGAUAUCUAGAGUACUUCACUGCCAAGCACCAUCCCUUGCAGCUAUGAGAGGGGCUCUCCGCCACGCGGGUUUCCGAGUCACGAUGAGCCAUUGUAAACCUGGAUCCAUACGCACGGAUGCUCCUUGGACUGCAAUAUGGCAUAUCCUAUUAGAGUGGGUCCGACAAAGGGCGCCUCUCAAGAACGCUCUUAAGAAGGGUACUGCCGGAGAUGUGAUACUUGCGAAAGGAAGCUCAUUCGCUGUCCAAGACAAUGCAAACCCCAAUCCAGUGUCGUCAACAGACAUUGUCAAUAUAGCAAAAGAGGAUCCGAGCAACCCUGAUAAUGCAGAUUUGAGCGCGGCAGAGACCAACCAAACCAAGAAGACGCUUCCAUCAUAUCUUGGCACCAACUUCCCCGUUGAAUUUGAUGAAAAUCUUGGACGGGAUCAUGACAGGGGGAAAUAUGUACGCUACCAACUCGCACCGCGGGAAAACUGGGGCCCCAUGUCCCGGGCGAAAUGAUCGUGUCGCGAGGAACAAUUAUCUAGGUCAAUUUGGAUGCUCCAGGGCUGCAUUGGUGGAGUGAUCGUUCAUUGCGACAUCUUCACUUGCGGACAUCACUAUACACAACCGCCUACUCUUAUCACAUUCCGAGCUCAAAAAUGAUUGUAGCAUUUAUAUUCGGAAAAUUGUAUCUAAACUCUUCGUAUCUGUCGAUCAUCCCGCGUGGCUCUAUUGUGGUCUACCGACGCGUAAUCGUGUCGUCAGGUAAUGCUCAAUCAAUACAGAUGGACAACAUCCAUUUCACAAUGGUACUUGUUCUAACAUUAUCAGUCUACACUUACGAGUAAGAUA